AUGUCUUACGCUCCAGUUUCAACGCUAGAGGAUGGAAUGGCGGCACAAUCAUCUUCAUCCUCUUCCAUUCGUCCGUUGAAUUUUAGAUCACCCAUGUUACUACAAGGACAACAAAAUGAUCAUAAUAAUAAUAACAAUAACUUGGCAGAAUCCCUGAAUCAGUCGGCAGCAAAUACAACCAUCUUCACAUCCUCCUUUCGACACAUCCCGGAAGCGAGCCAACUUCAAUGGAUGGAUGAUUUUUAUCAGGGAAAGCCAGGAAUUGUAGCAGUCUUUGAUCGCAAUGGACAUUUGGCUGGAAACUUUCAGUUUUGGCAUUUUCUGAGGAUUACUGCUCUGCUGGUUGUGCUGGCUAUUGUGUAUUAUUUCAUGGGAGUAUGGGUUGCCAAGACACAGCAAGAUGAAGACUUGGUGAUAUUGGAUGACGUCCAAUCCUUUUACUUCUUGUUGAUUGCUGCUCUCUUUGUGGCCAUGGCCUAUCGUGCCGAUCUGCAACAACGAGAACAGCACGUGGCCAUCACUACCGAAGGGAUUCGGAUCGAUCAAGGAAUGGCCAUGACUGUCAUAAUCCCCUUUGAAACCAUUCACAGCUGUGAGGCUCACUUGACAACAAAGUACCUGUGUGGUCACAUGGAGCGAUCAGACCUGACGCAAGUACAGGUAGUACGAUCAUUGGCACCAAUGGAACAGAUUGGUUUUCGCAAAACUCGAUCGUUUCUAGUUUAUGGCCUCGCACGGCCCCAAGAGUUUGUUGCCUUAGUCGAGGCAUUCAAGACUUCUCAGCAACAUGGAUCUUAUGAAGGAGGAACCGAACUGACGACAUCGUCGUAUCGUCAGAGUCCACAAGAAGGGUUGUCAUCAUCAGAAGGGCAAUUUCAUCAUCACCAUCAUCCUCAUCAUCAAGUUCCACCACAACAACAGCAGCAACAUCAAGUGCCACAGUUUGCUCAACCUUCGCCGCCUACUUUGGAGCAGCCUCAGUUCCAGCCUCAGCAUCCAUACGCGCAACAGUCACAAAUCGUUCAUGACGACUCAGACAUUGUUACAGCCAUCUAA